AUGAGUCAAACGCCUAUGCCUGAAGAAUACGAUGAUACUAGAAUUUUGGGUUACGAUCCAUUGAUUCCACCUGCUUUGCUUCAAAACGAAAUCAGAGCCACCAGAACUUCCUUGGAUGUUGUUCUCAAAGCUCGUGUGGAGUCCUCUCAGAUCCUUGCAGGAAAGGAUGACCGUUGUCUCGUAAUUGUUGGCCCAUGUUCUAUCCACGAUACCGAUGCUGCUUUGGAGUACGCUAACCGUCUUAAAAAGUUGGCAGCUGAGUUGGAACAGGACUUGGUGAUUAUUAUGAGAGCAUACUUGGAGAAGCCAAGAACCACCGUUGGUUGGAAGGGACUUAUCAACGACCCUAAUGUUGACAACACAUUUGACAUCAACAAGGGUUUGCGUGUUUCCAGACAGUUGUACGCUGACUUGACUGGCAAGGUUGGAAUUCCAAUCGGUUCCGAAAUGUUAGAUACUAUUUCUCCUCAAUACUUUUCGGACUUUUUGAGUUUUGGUGCUAUUGGUGCCAGAACCACUGAAUCUCAAUUGCACAGAGAGUUGGCUUCCGGCUUGUCUUUCCCUAUUGGUUUCAAGAAUGGAACGGAUGGUAACAUUGGUGUCGCAUUGGACGCUGUGCAAGCUUCUUCUAAGGGCCACCACUUCAUGGGUGUCACAAAGAAUGGUUUGGCUGCUAUUACCACUACCAAAGGUAAUGACAACUGCUUCAUUAUUUUGAGAGGAGGAAAGAACUUUACCAACUACGAUCCAGAAUCAGUUGCUAAAGCCAAGAAUGAUAUCGCUAAGAGUAAUGCUCCUCAUAUCAAAUUGAUGAUUGACUGUUCGCAUGACAACUCCAAGAAAGACUACAAGAACCAACCUAAGGUAUUGGAUUCUGUCGUUGAACAAAUCUCUCAAGGUGAAGACUCUAUCAUCGGUGUCAUGAUUGAGUCCCAUAUUCAUGAAGGUAAGCAGAGCAUGCCUUCCGGAAACCAAGGCAAAUCUGCUUUAAAAUACGGUGUGUCUAUCACUGACAGUUGUGUCUCUUGGGAGACUACCGUUGACAUGUUGAAAGGUUUGUCUAAAGCUGUUCAAGCAAGAAGAGCAAAGAAAAAUUAG